CUAGAGGCUCCCCCUCCGCCACCUCGGAGGGGAGGUCCACCAGCAGGUAAUGGUGGCGUCUUUGUUGGCGGUCAGCAGACGUCCGCCACCAGCUUCCUUCAGCUCAGCCAGGAUCAUCUUACCGCCGCCGCUGGUCAGCCAUCACAGCAGCAUACUGCCAUCCAGCCGGGCAUGAAACUGUUCCCCAACUACACACCACCGAUUCCACCGCACCACCACAACGGCAACAACGGUCUGGCGGAUGGGAACGGGCCGGCCAACCAUCACUACCACCAGAUAACCUACCAGACGCAAACACUCGCACCGUUGCGGCUCAAUCAGGAGCACUUCCUGCCGCACGGUGCCAACAAAACGAACACGGUCAGUGCGUCCGCAGUCAAUCAGCCGCGGUCUCUGCACUCCAAAUAUCAAACCCACCAUCACCAUGUGCACCAGCACCACCAUCAGCACAGCCCGGGCGCGGCCUAUUCGAUGCAGCCGGUCGGUGGAAACGUGUCGCCCGGGCCGCACAGCUACUCGCCCGACGCACAGCUGCAUCAUCAUCAUCACCAUCAUCAUCCGCACCAGCAGCAGCCGCCGCCGCCCCAUCAUCAUCUCCAGCAUCGCGACGAUAUGUCCGACCGGGAGGAUGAUGAAGAUGACACGCUGGAUGUGAACGAUGGGGAGGAGUGUGGCAGUGGUCAGAGUGAGGCCACCUCCCCGCCACAAAGUCCCCUGUCGCCCGUCCCACCUGAGCUGCCCAUCCGGAACGGGCUGUUGGUGGCGGCCAGCACGCUGAACCACAUCAACAACAACAACAGCAGCAGUAGCAGCUGCAACGGCCCCAUGAUGAUGGUGGGUACAGAUCGCAUCAGGACACCGCCAUCACCGCCCGCCACACCACCACCCCCGUCCUCCGCCAUCAGCACCGGUGCCACGCUCGGUAAUGGCCGCAAGACCCUGUCGGUGGCACGGCACUAUCACUAGGUUUUAAGCACAAGGAGAGAAGAUAUUAGACGUGGGCGAUAGACUGGACUUACUUCUUGACAUUCGUAGUUGGGGUGUUGUGAUGGACGGGGUCGUUUCUUUUUUCGCUUUCGUUUUUGGCGUGCUGUACAGUAGAUAGACUUAGUGCUAAUUUGAAUUUGAAGAUUGCGGUACCGAGUGAGGCGAACCAAACACAACUCAAGCGGCUAGGAGCGGGUUUGGGAAUGCGUUAGGUUUAUUCCUAGUCACAGGACCGGGGACACAGUUUGUCACACGGUUCAUCAUGGUAUUGGUAUGAUACUUUUCACUAUCGGCUCUCCUCUGUGUGGUGGUUGAAAUGAGUUGCUGAAAGGAUUGGGCGCACGUGUCUCAUUGCUUAGGGAUUAUUCUUCUACUUAGCGACUGAUGCAGUUAAUCGCUUAAUGUUGCGCCGUUUUUAACGUUUUAACACAUUUUUUCUAGGAUUAAUCAAAAUCGAGAAUGAAGUAUCUGUUCCUUUCUUUGCUUAAAAUCUAAAAGUUUAAAGCUUUCCUUCAACUUAGAUUUAAAUUCUUAUUUCAACUGUGAGUUUAAACUUAAAUUUAAAUUUGUCAGUACAACUUCAUUAUCGGCUUAUGUUAUCAUCAACUUUAUUAAUAGACUUAUCAUUCCCACAAUUAACAGAAAAUUUAUUGAUUAUACUGGCAGCUUCAUUACCCUCUUUUUUAAUAGUUGGUGCCUCUUUUCUCUCCUUUAUUCUCUAUUUUUUGUACCUCUUUUCUUUGUUUAUUUUAUUUCUGAUGUUUAAAUUAUAUUUUACAAAUUUUGCCACCUUUUUGAUUGUUGAUAUCCUAGUUUCCGAAAAAAUUUUUGGUAAUAAUUUUAUUUUUAUUUUAUCGUGAUGAAUUUUCCAACUGUUGUUUGCUUGUUUUUGUAUCAAAACUUAAUUUCUUUUCCUAUGACACUUAUUUGAAGUAUUGAUUUCUUAUCGUUUACUACAUUUUCUUAUAAAUUCUUGUAUCUUGCCUAAGUUUUCUCAUACCUUAAGACUCUUUAUAUAUUAUUCACUUCAAAUUUACCAUGGCUAGCAUCUUCUUUAAGAUAAGAGCAAUGAGACAGCCAUGUGUGCGCUGCCUUCCAUCACCUCAAAACAAGCCUAAUCGAAAUUUGCCGCCUUCUAAAAAACCCCCUUAAUGUACAACAAUCUUUGUCCUGUUUCCUGUCCACGAGCGCCCGUGUAUAUCCUGUUUCCUGUGUAGCAAAUCGUAUCGAAUUAAUGCCGUUCGACGCACACUCUCACACACGCGCAUAUGGUGGGCAAAAACACCGGUGAAAAGCGAGGUUUCCACCUGGAAACGAAUGAUUGCGAACGUUUAGAUACUGUGUGUGUGUUUCGCGAAAUGAGGCUUCGGCACUGUGCGGACACACGACGUCCGGACGUCGUCAAUGUUUUCUGUCUCUGCCAGCCAACCGUUUUCCGGAGGAACGCAAAAGCGUAGAACAGGCAAAUGGUAAUGGCACGAGGUCGGUCGACAGGAAAUGUUGUUUAAUUAAAUUAAUGGCCGGAAUAAUGUCGGUGACAUCCGGUUUUCGUUCGGGUGCGUUCGCUCGCGGCUGCGGAAGAAAGGGAUUUAGAGCGUCAGAAGGACGGUUGGUUGGUUGGUUGUGACCGCGGGAAGUGUUUAUUGAUUUAGUUGAUGAACACAACUGUACCACACUUUUGCUACUAAUGGGGGAGAUGGGGGAUUUUUCCCUCCCUCCUUUCAUUUUUGCCUCCUUACUGCGGUUGCCACGCAUUGGAGUGAAAGAUGUUCCUCAUAAGUCUAAUUUUGUAAGGGAAAAGCGGCUCCACAAACUACCCGGUUGUUUGAGGGGGAAAAAUGCGAAAAUUAGGCUGCCUCAGGGCUUCCAGCUGCUUCUAGGAAAACUUCCCAGACCCAGUGCUACUCCAACCACACCCGAUCCUUUCAAUAGCCGUUCUUUCCCGGGAAUCAAAGAUAGAGGAAAAAGAGCAUCAAAAACUGAGCCUUUUUCGUCACUUCGCAAUCAAUGAUUCCGUCGACAAAAUGAUUGAAGGCGUGAUGAGGCGUCGUCGUCGUACAGCAGAAUGACCCAAGAGGCUGUUUGACAUUUAUUGGCGCAAAAGGAAACAUCCUUCGCUCCUAUUUUUAUAGCUCGUUUGGUUAGCCAUUAGCUCGAACCAUAAUUGUAAUUAAACAAACCACUAAGAAAACAUUCUUCCAUUUUUGUGGGGGGAAAUCGGCCUUUGCUUCCAUCGAGUAUUUAGUGAGGAAUUUUGUUAUCUUUCCUUACGGUUAAAUUGUUAACUUCAAAGACAUGUCUGUCCCAUAUAAUGAGAUACAAUAUUUACUUUCUUCUGGAUGGGUCAAAAUCAAUAUCAUUUUCUGUAUAUUUUCUUUACCGUCUCUUUAGAUCUCUUUCAAAAGAGCACAAACAUUCAAAUGAGUUGGCCGUAUUUUAGUUUUUUGCUUCUUUCUACGAAGACACGAGACACAUUUGCUAAUGUGCUGCUUCAAGAAGGAAUCGUCCCCCCUAGUCGAAAGCUUCCCCUUUUUCUUAUUGAUGAUGGCUUGCCCGGGUGAAAGGAAACUGCUGCUGCGGAAUGAUGUUUUGGGGCGUGAAAUCGUUGCCUUUCGCCAUCUUUUGACCCUACCGAGCGACCUAUAGCGAUCAGCGGCACUCAUCAAUCGCGCUGCGGAAAGUAGGGCUCACGAUCUGACCCUGACCGAUGACGGUGUGGUAGCACGCUGACGAUGGCCGGGUGCCAUGCGCUACAGCAAUUAGCCGCCCGGGAGUAGUCCGGGGCGAAUGAGGCUACAAAUUGGCGCAGCCAGCCAGCCGUUGGGGAGAGUUAUCUUGCAAGCCUCUCCUUCAGGGAGCAAACCGAUCGAUUACGAACCUCCGCGGCGGUGUCAUGUGCCGGAUAUAGUUUGCUGCUGCUGCUGCUGCCACCAUCCAAACCAUUAUAGGUCAUUGUUGAAGUUCCCGCGAGGGUUUUUCUUGUGCGCUUGUUCGUGGAAAUCGACAACUCGUGUGUUUGUGCCAGUACUUUUAAUAGAACCAUCAAUCAUACUCACACAACAGCAGCAGCAGCCGAGUCGCCUAACUCCACCGGGAGAGGAGUCACAUAAUAAAGCGUCCCGAAUGAAUGAUGCUGCUGCUCUAGAUUCUUCAACACCAAAUAGCGACCAGGGAAAAGCUUCGCCAGUCCUGUAUCUACAACUUCGAAAUUUCGUAAUUGAUUGCGAAUGUGAAAUGAAUGUGCUUUUGGUGAAUGAAUUUCACGCCUAAUCAGCUCCAACUCUCGCCGGAGAGUAGUAGUCAUCGCGAAAGCGAGCUCUGAAGUCUGGUGGAGAUAUAGAGCCAACGAGACAUUUGGUGGGAUUUUAAUUUUCCUGAGAGGCUACCAUCACUGUAAUUAAUGCCGGUUUUAGAAACCUCCCAAAACGCAAAUCAGAAUCCUUAACUACACCACACAUUUCGAAAAUUGCAUGAUAUUUUCGAGCUGAAGCUGAGAGAGCUCAAUACAGUCCGCUUUUACCGAUGGGGGAGCCUUCAUUUUGGGAGUGUCUAAUUAGCCAGAGCUGUCUAAUUAAUUCGCCUGAUGAAGAGAGAAGACAUCUUGGUUACAGUGUUUCCUUCUAAAUCUUAAUCCCUGCUUAGUAAGCUGGGACUACCAGCAUCACCAAUGCCGUAAGGAUAUCCUGAGCUCCGAAUCUCUGUCCCCUAUUGUGGGCCUUCCAAACAGAGAGGUUUUUAUCCCACUGCUUUCGUGGUUAAGUUUGCAGUUAACCGCAGGCUACAAUCUGGCAAUCGAUGCCUUGUAAACCGGAAUGCAAAACUCUGGAGCGAAGAAGCGGACAGUUUUCUUACUUCCACAUCAAAGCGAAAUUUUCAGCCGACAGCCCCCGGGUUCUCAAGAAUUCUUGCAGGCAUGGACGCAGCUUAAAGGAGAAAAAAAGGGUGAAAAUAAUUAAACCAUUUAAAGUUUAAAUUGAAUCGCCUUAGGUAGGGAGGUUGCAUUUUAUAGCCAACUAUUCCCGGUUGCCCCAUCCAGGAAAGGCUUCAGGAAUCCUCGGAGGGUCUUUGUGAGAAAGGUGAAAAAAACGCUAAGUGUAACGCAUAAUGACACUUAACAGUCACGUCGUCGUCGUCGCCGUCAUUCUACCUGGUGAUGGCCCGCUUCUUUACCCCUUCUUAGGACAAAUAUGGGAAUGGGGAGCGGGAGUCCAGUCGCGGGAUGCAUCAAUUUGAAUUCUGGCCCGCAAGGGAAAUUAUAAUUAUGUCAUAAAACCGGCACUACAACAGUGGAGACUCCCGCAAAGGGUCAACCAGUUCCGAAACGGAAAGCGUCGUAAGAUCGUAAAGCAAACUGUUGUUGCGUAGGGGAGCAAAUGAAGAUGAUAGUUAAAAGAAUAACAUAAUCGAGGUGAAAAUGAAAAAUGGCAUUCGAAACAAAAAGGAAGAAAAUCACCCCCGUUCCUGUUCCCCCGAACAUCUAACCUUGGCCGCCAAAAUGCAAUCAUAAUGAGUGUGUAACGAGAGUGUGUGUAAGGGAGAUGGAGAUGUAAUUAAAUUAAAUUAUAUUUGAACCGACCACGCGACUCGCUGUAUAUCUUCAGCCGAUGGAAACGACAACACCACCCCCAGAGAAGAACCGGACAGCUUGCAGGCAGGCAGGAAGUGAGAUUUUGUGUAAGGGAGGCCUAAAAAAUUGAAUUUAAAACGAAACAAAAUUACCCAACUUUUUGUCCGGGCCGCUCCGGGAAACUCCCCGCUCACGGAAUGAUCACGGUUGAUGAUGAUGAUGAGGAAGUGUAGAGCAGCGUUGGCUGGAUGGUGGUCAUAAAAGUAAGCAUAGAUUAGACCGCGGGGUGAGAAUAAAUGUUCAAGAAGAGGCAAUAAAAUAAUGGUCCAUCGAGCGGGAGUUGUGCGAAAGGUCUAAAUGUGAACGUGGUGAACAGAGAGCCCCCACAGAAAACAACAAUGAUGGUGGUAAUAAAGUGAAAAUUGAAUGAUAAUAUACAAAACAACCCCCUCGGACGCGAACGAACCUAGUAGAGGUAGUAGUGGUAGUGGUGAGGAGGAAGAACAGUAAGACAAACUUCAACUUAAAAAGCAAUAUUUCUUCUACAGAAAACAAAAACGAAAGCACACUGAAUAUUAUUAUCUACUCGUUGUUGAGGCGGUUGAGCAAUUGUAGAAAGAGUGGGGAAAAACGUUAGCACCCUUAAAACGAAAAUUACUACAAUUUCACACUCAUUUCUCAACUCUCUUUCGCUAAAGUGAUAAAACAAAGCUGAUACUGUUACUAUCAAACACGAAAGCAAACACCUGCAAUCUAGUGAAAUGGAUUUGUGUACUGUGUUCUAAAGGGAAGUGCGUGGAUAAGAUAAGGCACCCAAACACCCGAACCCGAUUAAAUGUGUAAAAAGAAGAGGGGAAAGCCCUCGUGCGAGAGAGAGAGAGAACAAAAAAACCUGGAAACACGAGGGGGGUAUUUUAAUCUAUAAAGAAGAAGAAGCAACUCGUAAAACAUGCCACAAACCAGUCAUAAGAAAAUAUGAAACUGAUUCAACAAAAUCGGGAAGAAAAUGUAGUGCGUGUAAAUAGAUAGCAAACACAAGCAAAGUAAAAGAGAGAAAAAAGGAGAAGGGAGAAAAUAGUUAAUGAAAACACUAGAAAUCGAGAAAAACGGAAGAUAAAACAACAGAAGAAAACAAAAAAUCACAACAAAUUGAUGUUAAAACGUGUGUACAUAGCGAUAUUAGCGUUUAAAAAUUCACUUACAGCCGUUCACUAAGUCUGUGUGUGUGUGUGUGUUUUUCGAGUACAGUGAGAUGAUAAUGAAGUAGCCGGUGGGAAUUGUUUAACAAAGCAAAAGAGGAAUUAAAAAGUCUUAGAACUAAUAUCAUGAGAGAAGAAAAACGAUUCCUAGCGAAGUGGAAGUGGAAGUAUCAAACCGAAAUCAAUCGUGAGAGAAGGCCGUGUGGUAUGUUGUUAUCAAUUUUAAAGUAAAGAAAGCAAAGAAAAACAAAAGGAGUAAAAAAUAUGAAAAACAAAUACCUAUACCAUAGUUAGUGAAAAAAAAGAAAACCGGAAGAAGAAGGAGCAAAUGAUCGUGUAUAAAAAGAAAGUAAGGGGUUUAAAUGCGGAAAACUAAUUGAUUUAAAAUAUAAGUGUGAAGAAAAGCGUAUUACAAGCUGAAAGUCUUGAGAAGAAAAUAGAAAAAAGCGUAAAACUUUUGCAAAACAUGAAAACAAAUUUGCUGGAUAGAAUAGGGAAAGAAAAACAACAAAACAAAACAAAAUCAAACCAAACCUUAUCGUGAUUUUGUUUUUUCGUUAACACACACUUCAAACGGAAGUGAUUAUGGACUUGAUGUACGGAACUCGCAAAAACCCCCGAUUCAAUGUUGUACAUAUUGAUUAGCAGCAAACUUCUUUACAGCAGCAACGCUAACCCCCGUCAAGUCCAGAGCCGUGCCACGUACGGGAUUUAGUGGGUUUAGGAAUUACAUAUAGGGUUCCCGAACACACUUGGUAGAAAACUUCGUAAACAAAUCGAGAUGGGAAAGGGUGGAAAAUGCGCGAAACAUGCGAACUGUAACCAAUACCAAUACACAAGAGCAAACAAAGUAAGAACCGAGAAAAAAAACUGAUGGAAAAUAAACGAAUAAUUUUUCAUUAAAAAUAAAA